CUCGCGAUAACAGAUGCUGCACGAUUGCGUUCGAUUGCGGUACCCGGAAAACAUGUCGGAGUGGGUGCUCUUUCCCAUAGACAUAAUAAAAGGGUAGACCCCGCUGGCGGUGCUGCGCAGCGAGAAAUGCGGCCGCCAUCUUGGUCAGGUCAAGCUUCCCAUACUCUCCGGUCAAUCAUAUUCAUCCAUUCAUUCAUUCAGCGAUGCCGGAGCACUGUGCGGCGUAUUCCUGUGCCAACAGGCGGACAGCAGAGAACAGGGCUCAAGGAAUAACUUUUCACAGUUAUGAUUAAACGUUUUUUCAACAUUACACUUGACUGUAGAGUCAUUUGUAGGCCAAAGAGGAAGACUAUCGGUCAACUCCAAAAAGGAAACAGCAUUUGCGAACAGCUAGCUUAUUCACAAUAAUAGCAACUUUGCUCUAUUAUCAACAGAUUUGCAUUAGAUUGAAAAACUUUUGUUUGAGAGAGGUUCUAAGAAACGUUAAGAAAUAAAAUAGAAAGAAGAAGGAAGAAAGUGAGCUCUGUUUUAUUAUCUGUUUUAUUAAAGAUUUCUUUGUGGUGAUCUCCUGUUUCAUUUUGAAGAUUUCCUAAGGACAAAAACUUGAGGAAGAAGUGGGAGAUUGCUGUUAGAGGGAGAAAUUCGCAGCAAGUGAUUCCUCUGUGCUGUGUAGCCAACAAGCAAAUUGAUAUGUAGUUUAGAUGCUGUCCUGUCAUGCUGUUCUUGUGUUUAAAUUUUUUUGAUAUGUAGGCUAUAUAUUUGUGUGUAUUUCUUUGUGUGUAUUUUCCAGUUAUUAAAAUAGUGCUUCUAUAUGUCAUUAUUUGUGUGUGUCUACAAAUGGAUAAAUAAAAUUAAACUAUACAAAAAAUUAUAAUCAAAUCAAUAUAUAUUGAAUUGGCCUAUUAAAACCGCCAGUUAUUAAUAAUUAUUUAGACAUAGCAGGAACCUAGCUCUAAACCUAAAUAUAUCCUUGAGUAAUUGUUAUACUAUAAUACAGCCACUGCUGCCAUGUUCUAAAAUAUCAUUUUAUUCAUUCUGAGUAUUUGAAAACGCCAAAAAAAAAAUAUGGCCUCUAUCAUGCCUCUUUGAAUGGCGUUUGCAGAGAAGAAAAUUACGUAGUAUUGAGCGAACAAUGAUUCAUUUAAUGCGCUCAGACUUCAUUCCGCCGGUUAAACAGCAGUGCAGAGUGAGGCGGAUGACCGGACCAAGAUGGCGGCCGCAUUUCUCGUCAGCGCCCAUUCGUGGUAGCGGCCGAUGCGGGGUCUAUCUUUUAUUAUGUCGGAGUGGGUGCUCUUUCCUCACACACAUCUGCUUGUGACGUUUCCCGAUCUGACCGGUCAGGGUGCUGCUGUGAUGAUAGCUGGUAGGUAGCUAGCUGCUGGCUAACCCGCUGAGCUACCUCCUCCUCCUCCGCCUCUGAAGGCAGCUGUACGGAGCCGUGAAUGAACCCCGCACGUCAAUGCACCUCCUGGGGCCACGAUGGCAGCGACAGACACGGUCUGAGUCGUACAUCCCCGCCAUGUAGCUGAGUGUUUGACCGUAUCUGUAGUUAAUGUUAGUGUGAUCCGUUCUCCCUUAGCUAUUUCCAUCAGUAGCUAGCUUUUUUUCUCUCUGUCCGGGACACACGGCGGCAGCUAGCCCCCUCUCUCGUCGCUACAGGAGGAUGCUGAAGCUGUUCGGUGUGCUGGUCAUCCUCGGACUGGCCCUGGCGUGCAUCACCUCCUGGGUGCUGGACAGCUAUGAUACGGCUUGGCACCCUAAACGAAGCGUUCAGCACCCGACAGUGGGUGAUGGAGGGGAGACUAAGGGGACUUCUCCACCAUUUCCCGGCGGCGAGUUGAGCAAUAUAUUCUGGUUUAUACAGGUGGGCUUUAACUAAACCGUCUUUGUUUGUGAAAAGAUGAACCGUGCCAAGGUUUAACGAGCAUUCAUGUUUCUGGUUUGACCAUCUUUGAGGCUGAAAUGAGGCUAGCUUUGGUAGUUCACCCACUGAACUCUCUCUGAAUGAUUGACAGAAUGGGGUCACUGACCACAGAAGUGUGUCAUUGUCAGGUAAAAAAGAAAGAUUCAGCAACACAGUAGACUGUAGUUAGACUUUGGACUUUUAGUGUUUUACAGCUCUGAUACUGCCAUUUAGAAAAAAACAUGAGAAAACAGUAUGAGGAUGUUAUCUCUCAUCACUGAUUGUGUUUUACUGUGUGGUUUAAGGUGUCUGAUAUUCACAUAAGCCGGUUUCAUGAUCCAAGACGCAUUCCAGACUUUGAAAAGUUCUGCACUGACACCGUCGAAGCAAUCAAACCUGCUUUAGUACUCGCAACAGGUACAGUAACAGCCCUAUCUGACUGGGUGGGGGCCCUGUCUUCUAGAUGUUACUUCCCUCAUGGCUGUUUCUCCCUCCCACUCCGCAGGGGAUCUGACAGACGCCAAAACAGAGAGUAAAGUGGGCUCCCUGCAGCACGAGGUGGAGUGGCAGGCCUACCACAACGUCCUGAAGAGGUCCCGAGUGAUGGAGCGCACACGGUGGAUAGACAUCCGAGGAAAUCAUGGUAAUAAACUGCGGCACUUUGUUAUCUUAAUGUUCCCCUCCACAUGCACUGCUUCAGGCGCAACCCACAGUAGUGAGUACACUAUUAAGAUUUCUGAAGAACCCAUUAAUGCAUCACAGAGGAAGUCGUUCUGCCCCUCCUCUUCGCUGCUGCCCUCUCUGCUCUGUUAUUGAAUCCCGGGCUAUUAGACGCGAAACAAGAUAGAAGGAACAGUCAGAUGAAAGAAAGCUCAUAAUUCGAUAAAGAGUUUCUCUGACAGCUUUUCUGCCAUGAUUGAUCACAAGUUGGGGAUCCGUGUUGGUCGGGUUCUGCUGUAAAAGCAGAUUUGGUUUUUAAUAUUUUUUAAUAUGUAUCUCUCCAAGAAGAAUUUCUACAUUUACAUUCUUCUUUUCUUGUCCCUAAACUUAUUUAAAGUUUUAUGUUCAUAUAAUUGUCACACUCAUUCCUUCUUUUUUCCCCCCUGACAGAUGCCUUCAAUAUUAUAUCACUGGACAGCACCAACAACUAUUACAGGUCUGUAUAUGAUUCUCAAUGCAACAGUGAAUGUGUUAUUUACUCCCAAACUACUCCUGCAGGUCUCUAAGCAGCGAAUGAAGUGCGAAGCUGAUCAGAGCACAUAGUAACUUCGAUGUCUCUGAAACCUGAGCUGCUGCAGACCUAUUUAUUGACAAUAACCCGAGCAGUCUGAGCUUCCUGAGGCCCAAAAUAGAUUGUGCAUGAACAAACCGACUCUCUUCUCCUCUUUUGACACAAAUAAUGUUUAAUGUGGCAUCGCUGCUUCCGUUAAUUCUGAUUGAUCUUUCAUCUGCUCGGGAUUUUUUUAAUGCCGCGGUCAUCCUCUGCGAGACAGAGUCUGUCUCCUCGGCGAGCCUAAUUUAUUUAUUAAUUUAUUUAAACUGCAUUAACUGUAUCAGUCCAGUAGAACGACUGGCUCCAGCUCAAACCACAGAAUCACGUUGCUCACAUUGACUCUUCUUCUUCUUCUUCUUCUUCGAUCUCCUCAAGGAAAUACUCGGCCAAUCAGAAAGUUGGCUCUUUCCACUACGUUCACAAAACUCCCUUUGGCAACUACUCCUUCGUAUGUGCGGACGCCACUCUGACUCCAGGACCCAAGAGGCCAUACAAUUUCUUUGGGAUACUAAACCAGGUAUAGCCGCCCUCUUUUACUCGACAGAACACAAACUGGUGCUGAUGUUUUCACAAACUUCAGAAAGCAGAAAAAUAAUAUUUCAGAUACCUUUUUUUAUUGCAACGGUUAAAGAUAUGAGAUAAAUUUAGCUUGAACUAAACUAAAUAGUCCACAAAAAUACAAAAUAAGGUGUUUAGGGUCAAUUCCAACCUGGAGUUUUUUGCACUAUCUGCUGUUACUCAUAUUAUAUAAGACAUAAGAGGCUCACAAUUAACUCAAAAUGUAAAUUUGCAAAAAAGAAAAAGUGUUUGUGCUAAAUGUACACCUUUUUUGUACUUUGAAUCAAGCAAAUUUCUAAAAAUCUCAGUUCCCUAAAAGAAAACAAUGUAUUCCACUUGUACAUCCCAUCAAGUUUCUGUCUUAAUGUCUGACAGACACAGAUGGACCUGCUGGACAAGUUCAGAGCUGAAAGUCUAAAAAGCAACCAGUCGAUCUGGUUUGGCCACUACACCACCUCCACUGUUGUCUCCCCUUCUCCUGGAGUUCGGGAUGUGAUGAGGUAAGAAAAGUCCUUGCUUUGCUCUUGGACCUGUAGACUUGAUUUCUAUCAAACAGCACAAUCGAGCCAAAACCAAUAAAUCAGCGAUGGUCACCUGUCUGAUGAUUGGGAGUUCUUUUCUUUUUCUUUUUCUUUUCAGAUCUGCAGUUGCGUAUCUGUGCGGCCACUUACACACACUGGGCGGCCUGAUGCCCGUCCUCCACAGCCGGCACCCCCAAGGAACUCUAGAGCUGGAGCUGGGUGACUGGAUGGACAAUCGCAGGUGUGGAAGACGACGGGAUGAUAAAAUACAUCUGUGUUUUUUUUUUUUACUCCUUUUUAUUGUUGCUUGGUUUAGAUCCUGUUGCAGAGAAAUCCCCUCAGCUAUUCAGUUAUCUCCCCGAGUAUCAGCGGGUCUUAAUUAGCCUCAUAAAUUUCCUCAAAUAAGGGUUCAGAGGGUAAUAAAGGGUUUAGAUUUAAUUAAGACUUUGCUGAUUUUCUUGCCGUGGAAAUCACAUCAGUUGUUAAAAUGAUUUGAUUCCCUUUGUGGGUUGUUGGUCGAUGAGAUAAACCAAAACAGUGUGCUUGUUUUUAUCAAUGCGAGCAGAAGGCUGUUUAAUUUUUGAUUUUGUGCCAUUUCGGUGGCGAAAACACUGUCAUUACCGUUCGCUACAUUCGCCAGCGUGCUCAGUGACUCAUGAUUUAGAGGGUCAAUCCCAAAUGAACUCUGAUGAAUUAAUUGUUGUAAAUUAUGCUGAUUUCACAGGCUCAGGUUGCAUAAUCAUGUUAUUAUAGACAACUGUUGGCCAUGCUUUUGACUCUUCUGUUAUGGUUGGUAAUAACAAGGUCUUGAAAUGUCUUCGAUGUAUCCCCCAGGUACCGAGUUCUGGCUUUUGACCACGACCUACUGAGUUUCUCUGACCUGAAGUUCGAGCAGUGGCCUGCAGUGCUCAUCACCAACCCCAAAGAUGCGCAGUACCUGCACCCUGGUGUGGAGCCGCUGGGUCGAAUGCGGAGGUCGACGCACAUCAGGUGCUUGUUCUGUGUUUGUUGACCCCCGAGGCUUUCUGUGACGCUAACACACAUGCUCCUGCAACACCAGACCUCUCUGCAAGCAUGUUUGAGUCGAGCGCACGUCCCUGAUAUUUUUACAAAACCAUUGUACAGAAAAUAUAGCCACCCCCAGACCAAAAGGAGGCAUUGAAGGUGUGAUUAUGCCCUUCAACCCCCUCUGAGCCACGCCUCUGAAAUCCUGAGGGCAAUUUUGAGAAGGGCCCCCAGAUCCUGAGGUUUUCUGAAGUGUUGAGGUUUACAAAAAAGCUGAUAUCUUGGCCUCUGUGGCAGAUAGAAACAAAAUUCAAAAAGUAUUUGAAAGCUUACACAUGUGGCUUUCAAGAUGACUAUCUUUUAUUUUUCUGAACCUUCAUUACAUUAUUGAAAACCUUGAACAAACAAACUCAAAUCAAAUAAAGCGGCUGUAUAAAUAAAAGUAAAGGCUCUGCACUGGAGAAUAAGAAACAAUUUGCUUUCUGUAAAACAAGUGGCAGUCAUGAUAAAGUGUCCAUUUAAUACAAAUGUAAUUAUAAAAAACAAAGUGAUGAAAAAAUGCAGCUGCCCAAGUAUAGUGCCAGUACAAAAGCAGCACUAAAACUAGAAAAUAAACAAAUACGUGGCUCAAACUCACAGAAAUUGCCGAUAGUUUGAGCCAAAACUCUCAAUGUGAAGAGGUUGUUCACACUGCUGGAUGCUUCCCCUCCGAAGCUGCUUUCUGCCUCCGUCAUUGUCUACUUUCCUCACGAAGCACGUAGCAAGAGCCGAGCAUGAAUCGAAUCGCUUUUUUAAGCUUUAUUAGCCUAUCAGAGGCAGUAUGAUGGCGGUAUGAUGAUUUGAUUCUCCACGACCCCAGAAAUGAUAGAAAAACUACAGAGUGUUACGAAAUGACGUAUCUGCGCUCACGGGUUGAAGGGUUGAAAUGCGUACAUGCUGUCCCGGUUUAAAUGGGUUAACCAGGUGUCUGUAUGUCCUCUCAUUAUUUUAUAUUUUGUUUUGCUGGGUGCAGAAAUUUAAAAUCUUCUCCAACUUUGGCAGAGGUUUAUGAGUUGCAUUUGAAGUGGGCAUCCAUUAAGCAGCACUCUGAGCUGAGUUUAAAUCAAUCACUUUUUGUGUGUUUUUGAAAAGAAUCCUGGCCUUCUCAGAAGCAGCGAUCACAGCCGUGCAUGUUAGCAUAGACGGGGAACCUCUAGGGAAAUGUCUCCCGGCUGGAGGUCCUCUGUAUGUUCUGCUGUGGGAUCCAUCUCUCUACCUCACUGGGCUGCACACCAUCAGAGUAAAAGUGGAGGUCAGUGCAGUCUUCAUUUAUCUUCCCCUUGCAAUGAAAUGCGUUUGGAGACUUUUGAAUAUUUUAUAGGCUUUAAUUACAUUUGUUUGCUCAGGCUUAGCAGUGACUAACUUGAUCUCAGUCUGCUGUCUGGAUACUGAGGCUUUGACACUCUUCUUACUUAUAUUUAUAGAUAGGACAAUUCGAAUCUGAGUGUCUUUUUGUGUCUUUUUCUUUUUUAUGUGUUUGUGUCAGGACGCGGCAGGCCGGUCAUCAGUGCGGGAGCAGCACUUUACUCUGGAGAACGACUUGACUCCCAGCUUCGGUUUUGUGCAAUCAUUCAUCCUCCUCACGGACCACUACAUCCUGGGCCGCGUGGCCUUUAUAGUCAUGAUGCUGCUGAACAUCGGUGUGCUGCUGGCAUUCAGGUUCCUGAGCGUUCCCUCCAGGAGAGGUGAGUCCUGAUGGUUUCAUUGUGAUUACAGACAAGUGCCGAAUCUGAUUGUCGACGGAGACGUUUUUGUUUCUAAAAAGGCAAAGACACUUUAAAUAUCGAUCGUUUUUCACUUAACGUUGAAAUAGUUUUCUUUUCAUCAGCAGCGUACUCUCAAGUCUGCAUGUCACUCCAUCUUGUCAGUACAAUGGACACCUUCUUCUACUCUCUGCUGCUCUUCAACCUGUGCACAGCCUUAGGUGGGUUCAUCUUCAUCAGUUGAUAAUGGAAUAGACGAGCUACAGUAGUACAGCGUCUUCUUAUUUUGCUCUUGGUUCUGUAUUAAAGGCUUCUUUCAUUCUCUUCUCGUAGGCCCGUGGUUUAUUGGAGAGCUGAUAGACGGCCAUAGUGGUGCCUGCUUCGCCUUUGGAGUCUUCAUCGAUGGACACUUCCUGGAGGGCAGUCUCACGUAUGUUGUUGGAGUUGUUCAGGUGAGCAGAUAAAGUCAAAAACGACAUUAUAGGUGCAUAGAUGUCUUUUUUUAUACAUAUACUCUAAACUUUGGCUGGAAUUUCACACGUUUAUGCAAUGAUUCACUUUCUAAUCUUCGUACUCCUCCUCAAAAAUCAGUAAUUAAUCUGAGGUAUAACCCUGACAUUCACAUUAACUAAACAAAUAACAUCAAAUCUGACUCAUUUCCUGUCUCACAGCUGCUGUUCUUCAACAUGCCCCUCACCCUAUACCUGUGCUGGAGCCUCCACCACCGUUGCCGCGGCAGCACCUUUCGAUCCCACUUCCUGCGGCCGGGCUGCCGCUGGCGGACUCUGGCGGUUCACGUCUUCAUGCUGCUGCUGCUCACCUGGCAGGCCCACUCCUGUUACUUCCUCUUGGAGACCUACGGCCCCACGGCCUUUUUCCUGUCUCCGGUCCGCACGUGGGCGCUGGGCCUCAGUCUCAUACUGGUGUACCGCGCCUGGACAGGCCCCACCCCUCUUCUCCGGGAACACAGCAAGAGCGUCUCUUCCUCUUGACAGUAAUUGCACUGUACCACCACCACAACAACCACUCCCCCGGUUUCCCUUCGAGUCUGACUCACAGAUAUAUUUUGCUGUCUCUAUCCACCCUGGACACCUCAGUUUCUCCCUUCCUUCCAAAUCCACUUCACAGCACAUCACUCACUCUCCUCUUUCUAGAUAGUAUUGUUUACUUAAUAUGCAUGUUAUUGUAAAGCACUGGUGAGCACAUUUCUGGCCAUAUUCAUAGCAAUGUGUACAGUGUAAGUAAAACCUUGGAGACAUGAGGGUAACAAGCUUAUUCGAGCUAUGUGAGGACUGUUAAAUGUGUGCCGCAGUUGACAGUGCACUGAAUACAAGCUGCAGUUUCAGCUGACUCAUUUACUUGAGCUUACGCACUUUUUGGAAGUGUUGCCUUGGCUUAAUGCCACUCCACCACUGCCAAAUGAUGAAUAAGAAAGAUUUCACCUUUUAUUCUUCCCUCUGGAAAUCAUUUCCAUUCACUUUAGAGGCUGGACGUGCCAAACCCAUCCUCCUGUUUACCCUCCAGUAUGCAGUUAAUGUGAACAAGAAAGAAGCGCGCGCCUCAUUUUGUAUACUGUGAGCUUUCCCUGACUACUCAUGACUGACAGAACGCAGUAGUAGGGGUCUCUUAGGGGGUGAAGAUGACAGCAAACACAGCCUACGAUGAUCAUAUUUCCAAGUUUAUUCUCCACUUGUUACAGGAAAUCAAAGGAAGGGAAUAUAAAUCAGUUAAGUACUGUAGAUAAUGAUUUAAAGUGUUUUUUAAUGAUUCCAUUGCACAUAACUGCCACUAAAAAGUCUCAAUUUUAGCAUUGAAUAGUCAUAUCAACAAAAUUCGAUGCCAUUUUUCAGACACACACAUAUAAACACACACACACACACACUUAAAAACCAAGUCGGCCUGACUCUUAGUGCUCUUUCAAACGUGAAUACAGAAAGCAGCUGUUUGUUUCUCAGGAAUGUGAGCACUCAAACGACAGGCUGGUCCCCAGAGGUAUUUCAGGACAGUGUUUUUAUACUCCACAGUAGCUCAGUGAACUCAGACCUUGUUAAACAAUCCAGAUGUGUGGUGGCGAAAAAAAAUAAAUGAAUGUGUUCUAGAUGUGGUGAAAUGAAAUGAAAAAAGUACUAUGCUGUUUUUUUGUUUUUUUUUUCUAAUUUAUUGAUUCUGAUUGUAUUGAGUGAUUUCUUUUAUUCCCCUUCAUGUUAUAUUAUAUCUGCACUGGAAAUGCCUGCCUAAUGGUCGUGCGGUAAAGAUGAUAAAAGAGCAUUCCCAGAUUUGUGUGUGUGAAGACAUAUUUGUCUGUAUUGCCUCUGAAUGAUGAUCUCUUCAUUCCUGUGAAGGUUAUGGAGUAGGUAGCUGUCUGUUAAAGAGUCCGCUGCGCUCUUCAUACAAUCCUUUCUCGUCCGUAGUAGCAGGUGCUGGAUUCUACAAGAGCAAUGUGAGUUUAAAAAGUGACCGCCUGGGUGAAGACCACAUUAGUCGACUUUUUAAUCGAAGCAUUGCUCCGCUGAAGUUUUUCUUUCUUACUCAAACCAUUCCCGAUGUGAAUUUCCCAGCGCUGUGAAACAACCCGCAGUUUAGUAUUUGAACUGCAGAAAACAUUGAAUAAUGUGCACUCAUGCUGGCAAUGGUUUAUUAAGCCUUCUCCUCUUCUUCCCAUAAUCCAGUUUUUAAUGUAUGGGAGCAUAACCAAGUGUAUUAUUCCAUUAUGAAGACAGCUGUUUAAAGCAGAUGGAUUUUCGUCAUUGAGAAGUUCCCCCUGUAAUAAUAACGCCCUCCCAUGCUAUGUGUUGUGUCCACAAGAUGGCAGUAUUGAUUAGAUUCAGAGAGAAAGAAAGGAUGACUGAGUUAUUCACACUUCCAGAUCAUGCAUGGGUCUUCAAUUUAUUUUUCUUUUUUGCAGAAAAGCACCAAAUGUUUGUCUUGAGGAUACUGUUUUGAUAGUUUAUCGAUGCUCACUGGUUUUGUUCAUCCAUUGAUCCGAUCGAUCAUUCUGUACUGUACAUGAAUUUGUCUUUACUGAAGGAAAAAAAAAAACAGACCUCCACUUCAACACCUCUAUCAUCACAAAGGAUAUACUGUAAGUGAUGUACUGGUGUUCACUUGACAUCUUCUGCAUCCCCUCCUUUGUUCAGAUAUUGAAGUAUAUGAAUGAAUUGAUGAUUUUACACCUGCCUCAUAUUUUUCUUGUGACAACUGAGAUUAGAGCCAACCACUAUUUUAUUUUAUUAAUGGUUUAUAGUGCUGUGGAAUAAAAUGUUCAUUACAGUAAAGCAUGUCCUCUUUGUGUUUUGCUUCAUCUUAUUGUCACACAAUGACACGGGACAUAUUAUACUCCCUGUCCCUUAAAUGGUAUUUUCCAUUAACUUCACCGCUCCUCCUCCAAUCUGCUUUAGGGCAAAUGCUCCAAUAAGAUUUGAGGUGAGAUGAAACUUAGUGAUAAACACACCAACCUUUUUAUCCAACUAUGGCUCAUAUAAUUAAAAAAAAAAAAUAAGCAAACAGUUUCACAUCAACAUGCAAUUGACUGUUUGCCUCAACUUAAGCUGAUAACUCAAAAAAGAUGCAAAAAGAGCCAUAAAUUACGUUAAAACUCAUGAAAAAUGGGGUAUAAUCUUUUAUGUUCCAGUUGAUUUUAAUCGCUUUCUCUUGAAUUUGACGUGUUUAUGUAUAAGGAUAAUUAUGGUAAACCCUUGCACUCAUAAAAAGAUUUGCUUCAUUAUCAGUGAGUCAUGUUUCAGGUCUCUGAUUGGCUGGGAUCUCCUACCCCUCACUCAGGGUUGGGAGUGUUUUUACCGAUAAAUUUCCACCCUUCUGUGUUCAUAGUUUAUUUCCUUACUUUUUUUCCCCUUCCCUCGCUGUCUCAACCUUGUUUUCGCCCUGCGCUGGAAUGAAACCAGUCAGAAGACACAGAGGGGAAUCACAUGAUACAUUUUAAAGUCAUUUAAUUUCUUUUCAACUGAGACGCAACCAAAAGCAGUUUGGGACUUUUUACAAGACUGCACUGAAGCAUUUUAUUUGUUCUCAUAUGAUACUCCAAAAACAUCACACUGCAUAUGGUCAAUCCCUCUUCUUCAACAGUUAUUUGCAUUGUGAUUAAUUCUUUUUAAUGUAAUUACGUGUCAGUUUUAUGUGCUGCUACUCUUGGCCAUCUUAGAUCUCAAUGAGAAUAACCUGAUUAAAUAAAGAUAACAAUAAUAGUAAUCUUAUACAUGGCACCAAAAUAGAGCUGUUUUUAACCAUACUCUUAAGUUAUUAUAAGGUCUGACCCAUCUUACGCCACCAUGAGUGUUACACCUUGAAGCAAUUAGCAGGUCACAAUGACAAGACAAAAGUUCCUUUUAACAGGCAGAAACCUUGAGCAGACCAGACUCAUGUUAGACAGACAUCUGCUUAAGGACUGAGUUUGAAUAUGUACACUCCAACAAAUAUCAUGAGACAGUGCUUCAGUAUACAACUUUAUUUGUUAAUGUCUACACAACUUUCCAAAAUAGAUAAAAUAUUAAUAAUCAAGACUUUCCCAGCCAACCACUCGUAAAAUUUAGUUUUUCAUUUCUGAGGAAGACAAUUUCUGGCAAUGUUUUUUUUUGUUUGUUUCAUAACUGUAACCAGCUGGUGUUAGCUAAUCAAAGCAAUAUCUUACCACGGUUCCAAGAUUAGUGUUGAUAGCAGGGUUAUAAAGAUAAUUGUAUGUUUAUUUCCCAUGGUGUCUGUUAAGAACAGUCUCUCUCUGAGAACUGGAGGCUACAGUCAGUUUCUUCACUCUGAUAUCUUUAUGAUUUGCUUGCCAGUGUUUCCCCCUUUCAUCAUAGAGCAAAAUGCACCUGCAAAGGAGAGGGAAGAAAAGACUCAAACUCCUCCCAGUUUACAAAAACAGUCUUGUGAUGAAGUGAAACAGCGACGUAACAAUGUAAAAUUCAUAAUCCACAUACCUCCCAUAUUUUCAAUCCCGUCAACUGUAGUCUCCAGAACCUGCAGGAUGGAAGUAAAAAUUUAAUACAACAGUGUGAAUAUACGGAUGAGAAAGAGACCUGCAUUUUGCACACAAACACUGGCACCCACACAUCAUCAUAAUUUCCUCCCUACCUUGAUUUGGCCUGAUUUAAUCCACUGGCUGAGCUCACUCAGGGCAGUUUCUGCUUUGUUCAUGUAGUUAAGCACCAUAAAUCGCUCCCGGGUGAUGUUCUUACUUCGCAGGAUUUCCUGUAUCUCCUCACUCAAAGGGGGAGGAUAAGGCACAUCCUUGUUGUACUGUGAGAUCUGCCCACACAAGAUCACAUGGCCUCCAUUGUUCAUCUGAAGAUAAAGAGAAGGCUAGAGGUCAAUGUUUGAAAUCGAUUUUAUAAGACACAGAAUACUCACUGCUGAGAAACAGGAGAACACAAAGUCUUGACUUUCUAAUUUUGCAAAUAUUGGCAGCACCAAUACCAAAAGAAACAAAGCCAAAUAACACAUUAGAUUUAACAAAUGAUCAUGCCAAAAACAGCAUUUGGUACUGCUCUGCACCUAGAUACAUUCAAGCAGUACCUGUGUGAUUACAGAAUCACUGAUGUUUCCUCCCACAUUGUCAAAGUAAACAUCUAUUCCAUGAGGGCAGCUCUCUUUCAGCCUUGUAGGAACAUCCUCUUGACGGUAGUUGAUGGCUGCAUCAAAGCCCAAGUCUUCCACUAUGGCUCUGCAUUUGUCACUCGAACCACAAAUACCUACCACUCUUACGCAACCAUCAAGC